GUGCCAGCAACCUCGUCUCACGUCUGCGAAUGCUCUGAAGGACCAAGUCGGCCAUGUCGAACUCUCAAUCACCACCAGACGAGAAAUUUCGGCUUCUUCACUUGAAAGACAUCGAAGUUUCCUUCAAAGACAGACAACCAAAGUACCCUAUCAAGUUGAAAGUCUUGUCUGGUCAAAACGUGCUAAGGGCCAAGGAAUACGAGAAUGGUGCAGCGGAUAACCGUUUGAGAUGGGAAGCCGACGUACACCUUUCCCCGGACUUGAACCUCGAAAUUGUUGCCAAAGAGUCUCACACGAUAAAAUGGCGUGCAAAAAGAGACUUUGCUGCGGUUAGCUUUGACGCGGAGGAAAUGAAAAAGGAUAACAUUAUAACCAAGGAAGACGACAAGAGCCUAAUAUCCGUGAAGCUCACGUUUGAAGCUCCUGUUGCGGCUAGUGAUGUCCUGCGUAAAGCAACCAAGGAUUCCAUUGGCUUGUUAGAAAACAAAACGGUAAUACUGGACAAACUUGGGAGUGCUCGGAAGUUUGUUGAGGUGGCGAAAGGGUUCGGUGAUGUCGUAGCUGAUCUUCAUCCAGCUGCAAAGGCUGCCAUGAUUGCCUUUGGCAUGCUUUACGAGAAAUUGGAAGGGCAGGAGCAAGUCCACAAGGACGCUUCAGAGUUGAUAGACGACAUGUCGUUGUUCUUACCGUUUACCGAGGUCGUUGAUCCAGCUACGAUGGCUAACGAAAUGGCGAAAAAUGCGGUUAAAGACUUCCUAGAUGUCUUUAGGGAAGCGUGUGAAUUCAUUGUCCAGUAUUCAACGACGAGUGCAAUAGGAGACCUCAUUUCGUCGCAAAAAUCGGAAGUCAAUAAGCUCACGGAUACUUUCAAGAAGGCGAAAAUGAGAUACGAUUGGUCAAUUAAGACUGAUAUCUGGAGGGUUAACCUGAAACUUGAGAAAAUUAAGGACAACGAGAUGUUGAAGCUUCUCCAUGUGUCUGCCUUCGGCCCAGCUGGAAAAGAAUAUUAUCGCACAGACAAGAGCUGUCUGGAAGGGACGCGCAUAUCAGUCCUUAAGCAAAUAUCUGAGUGGGCUGAGAUAGAAACUGACCAGAAACUGUUCUGGUUGCAAGGAUCACCCGGUUCAGGAAAGACGGCCGUCGCUAAUUCUGUUGCGCAUACACUUGACCAGCAACGACUUCUCGCUGGCUGUUUCUUCUGCAAUAAGGAUGAUCAGGAUCUCAAAGACAAUACCAAAGUUAUCCCAUCAUUAGCCGCGCACCUUGCCGUGUGGCAUCAGCCGUUCUCAGAAAAGCUUCUCUCCACUCUGCAGGGAGAAGAGAAGAACCGGCUUGCGUCCAAGACGUUGCAAGAACAGUUCGAUUUACUCAUCAAAGGGCCCGUAUUGGCGUUAUCUGCGGACGAACAAAAUCAGUCUCCCCACCCACUUGUCAUUGUUAUCGAUGCUCUUGACGAGUGCGGCGAUAAUAAAGGACAACGGCUACGUCUUGCAAAGAUACUCGUACAGAUAUCGCAGCUGGUCCCGUGGUUGAAACUUUUUGUAACGAGCACGCCGUUGCCCGAGUUCACCCAAGCGUUUGAAAAUUCGUCAACGUCGCCAGAGAAGUUGAACCUCGAUCAGGCUGCGGAUACGACUAGGGAUAUUAUCCUUUACGCAAAUUACAGAGCUAAGCUUAUUGCUGAGGACUUCGACUUAUCUCCCGAUUGGCUUGGUGAUGAGAGGAUUUCGAUCUUCGCUUUGCAAUCACGAGGGUUAUUCAUUCGUACGCGCAACACGUUUGAUUACAUCUCAGGCCAGGUGGAUGUGGAAGAAGCCGCCGACACCGUCGUGUUAAAUCCUGCUACUACCGAACCGGAGCAGCCUAAGAUCGAACCGCCGCAACCCAAGCCUGAGCCAGUUUCUAAUACUCGACGGCAAGUUGGAAGCACCUCACGCAACCAUCGGACCACGGGGCCAAGUCUUGGUAUUGCAGUCAGGUAGUUAUACGUGCACUAGCCGACCGAGAACUGAUCAGUGGAGUCGAAAAGGUGUUACGUAGGAACGCCGGUGCAGAAGGUCUCUGUGGGACUUGGUUGAAAAGGAUGAUCCUUAAUUAUACCAGCCGUAUCUAUACCAAGCGUAUUGGCCGCAACUGUAUUAUGGGGUCGAGAGCGGAUUGGGAGGUUAUGCCACAGAGUAGCGGAGGACAUUCAAGGAGAGCUUUUGCGGGUGCGGUGAAACACUAUCAUCACUAUCAUGCCUGAGCCGUC